GGAGAGCGAGUCCGGCCGCCGCCUUUCCCCGAGCUGCUGCGAGCGGAGGCGCUGCGGUUGCCAUUUUAUGAAAGCAUCAUGGAGUUUGUUUUUAUUUUUUUUAAAAAAAAACUGCAUCGGGGGGGGGAAGUGUCUCUAAAAGUAAUGCAACAUUUUCCAGACUCUAAGGUGAGUGUUUUUUUGAGGCAGUUUUGUGCAGUGUAGUUAAGUUUUGUGCAGAUUUGGACAGUUGGGGUAAGGUCUCUUGCUAUUUUGUCAGGUUCCGUGACUGAAUGGUUGAACCAGCUCAGAGUGCUCAGCAAAUAAACUUGCAGGGCUUUUGCAGGAGACAGUCCUCUCAUCCAGUGGAAUGACAGAGAACAUUGUGAAGCAACAGUCAUCUUGUGGUGUUGAGGGCAUGGGGGAAUCUCCAUUGGCUCAGAGAGCAUCUUAGUUUUGCCCUGCCUUUUUUAACAGGAUUCCAAACAGAUCACUGCCCCAUGACCUAUCCAACCAGUAGUGUGUGUUUGUGGAGUUUUUUGUUUUUGUGGUUUAGUAUCGAAGGUGGCUAACUGGGCUCUUCUGUGCCAUUGUACUAGUGCAUGCUCAUAUAUGGAAGUGUUGUAGUGAUAAUCCUAGUAUCUGCAUACUUGUUUCCCACAACUAGUUCUAGAAGUGGGACAAAUAUUGAAGUGGAAAAUGGAAAGUGUCAGUUUGGGGGGCAGAGCUGAGCAGGAGAAACUAAGUAUAGAAAUGCUGCAUUUUCCCAUGGGCCAGGACUCCAAAACCCAGAAACAGUUAGUGGUUUGCAGUUCGCUUGUGACGGCAACUUGGCUGUGAACUGUUCAGCUAUGUGAACAUUUCAUGCAGCUCUAUGUAAAAUAUUAUGUGCAGGGGAGUAACCUCACUCUUUAAGUUCCUGUUGCUUUAAUUUUAUAGCUUUUCUGCUUCUGGCUGGCUCUGACAAAACUCUAGUCUUUUGACUGCAUCCAGUGGAAACUCAAACCCAGGUAUCAUUAUCUACACAUUAAAAAUGUAUAAGAUUCCUGGAUGGGGAGCUGCCUGGAAGGCAUUGCUCUACCCAUGCACCUCCUAUUGUGUGUACGUAUCUCUUCUUUUGGUAGCAAACAGGGUUGGUUGCCUAAUUGCAGGGCACAGUAGCUGCCUCUAAGUGUUCUUGAGGCAUCCUCACUGCCUUGAUCCCUUUGAAUUGCAUGGGAGUGUGGCUUAGCACUUUCCCCACAUGCUGCUGUUUAGGAUAUUGCCUGUAAAAUAUCUCGAUCAAUUUUGGCUCUUGUGUCCUUCACUAGUAUGUUGAGUUCUGUCGUCAUGGCUAAAACUUCUGAAGGGUUAAAGUUGGCUUCUUUUCCGGACUGCUGCUUAGGCAAGAUGUUCUACUUGUGACUCUACACACUGCAUGUUUAAAUGCACAAAACAAGAGUCCAAUCUUCAAUAAGAAUCAAAGCUUUAAGGUCAACCGCCUACAGAAUUUUUGUCCAACCCUCAGACAAAUGCUUUACUUAACAUAGUAUGAAAUGUGAGUUCCUAGACCAAUCACUGAGCAAGGGCAAGCAAAUCCUUUUAAGAUAAGGUUUUUUUUUAAAAUGUAGAAUGAAACAUUUCAAACACUUGCAUUGUUUUAUUUUUCAAAACAUUGCUUAAAUAUUAGCAACUGCUGACUUAACCCUAUAUUCCCAUCAGAGAAUGGCACCGAACUGGGGAAUGGGAGCGGGGUAGUACAGUCAUGGCUUUCAACGUGGCGUAAAUAAGAGCACCACUCUGAGAAGGGGUGCAGGGGAUAGAACUGAGUACCUCUUGGCAGGCGCAUACUGCAAGUCCAGGUGUAUGCUCCUCUGGAGAGGAGGGUGGCUGCCAAGAACUCCUAAAAACAAAAUAGUUCAGAAUUAUAGGGUACCGCUGGUACAAACAUCUGGAAAACUUAGUACCACGUCAAUGGCUCUUAAAUUCAUUAAAGGCCUGCCUGAACUAGCAGAAGUUUUAUCAAGUUCUGCGAGCAGCUUUCAUGAGCUACAACAUCCUCCCUACCCUUCUGAGGACUGAAAUCAGAAUGCUAUUAAUCUGCCUGUGGGGCUCUAAUCUGUAGCAUAGCACAUGUUGGAAUAAUGCAGACAGAACACAUGAUAUCUAGCUUUUAAGUGGAAAGAAUUGAUCUUUAGGGCAGGACUACAUACCAUGUUCUCUAGCUAUCUGACCACUCUGAGGUGCUGUAUGUGGAACAGAUUAACAGACUGCUUCUCACUGAAGUCCGUCUUCUAAUCUUGACUGCUUGGGGAUGACUUGUGCUGAUAGCUCAAGGAAUACUACUAUAGAAGCUCCUGUGGAAAUGUUAAAGGGGAGGACAGUUGGCCUUGGUCUCCUCAGGGACACCCACCUUCUUGAAGCACUAACCUUUGUUGAAGUUUGAAAAUCAAAAGCCUUAAGAACAUCAAAUUCUGACUUUAAAUUCUGUCUAGAUAUUUGCAUAGCCUUUUUCACAGUAGUAUCUGUGCAUCUUGUAAUUCAUAAUGGAUUUUAUCCUCCCAGUGCUUCUCUGGGGUAUGGCAGUGCUUUCCGUAUUUUACAGCUGGGGAGCAGAGACACAGGGUAGAUUAAUUGACUCUCCCAGUAAGGCUGUGACUGAGCUGUGAACCUGGGUCUCAGUCCCUGUACCCAAUCACUGGGGCUGUCCUUCUUAUUAAAUAUUUUUGUAAGAAAGAAGAGGCAAUUAAAUAAUGUGUGUGUACAUAGGGGGGUUCAAAUGUGAAAACAAAAACAAAAGGCAGGUCAGUGCCUUGUAACAGUGCCAAAGCCCUGUGAGGCCCAAGAAAGAAGCUUAUUUAAGAAACAAAAUUUCAACUUGGCCUGUUCUCAGACGCAUAGAAAGUGGGAAGGAAUCUCUCCUCCAUUCUGCAGCUAAUGUACAAGGGUUUGGAAGAGGAAUGCAGCCUGUAUCCCUCUUUCAGAGGACCCUGUUUGCCAUGAUUGAUGUCAGCUGCUGUGUGGUAGCACAGCCAAACACUUGAAUAAAAGAAAUGGAAUCUUAAUUUUUAGACUCUACAGUGAUGCCAAGAAUGACAAAUAGUGGUGUCAUAAAACAAAUCUUACUAGCCCGCUCAGAGUAUUAGUUAUUGCCAACCCAUUGAGAAGCAACUGUGCUAACCUCUUGGAAAGGGUGCACAAAGAAAUAUUUCAGUAAUUAAAUUAAUGUCACCACCACAAAUGGAACAGCUACUAAGCCACUUCUGUAUUAAACAGAACAUUUCUGUAAACCUCUGCUUAAGAAUUCGCUUAAGAUGUCCCAAUUUGAGUUAAUCAGUUAAUCUUGUUUUCCCACAUUCCACUAGUGGCUGUUUGCCGGCGCCCCCCCCCCCCCCCCCCCCCCAACCCGAGCAAAGGUCUCUUAGCAGUUACUAAGCAACAUUCCUUUUGAAGGGCAUGCUGUCACCCUUGUCCUGAAACUGUAUUUUCCCCUCUGUGAUCCCCCAAGGGCACCCACUUAAAGGUUUCCAGCUCCCAGUCCUUCCCUCUCUGGGCAGAGACCUGUAUCUCACUCCCUUCUGACUGGAUUUUUUUUUUUUUCAGGCUGCACAGCUCCCUGAUCUAUGCUGUGAUAUCCCCAGCAAGCAAGUCUGCCUAGAGUCUAGUGUCUACACUUGGCUUUCUCUCCAAGGGCAGUGAACAGUGUAUUGCUAACUGUGAUAAGUUACCACACAGCUCCUUCUAAGCAAGCACAUUUACUCUUAAGGGAAAAACCAUUAGAGAUGGCAUAUAACAGUAAAAGAACCUACAUGCAUGUUUAAAAGCACACCAAGGGUCACCCCAAUGCCAGUCUGGGGCUCUGGUAGGUGUCAGUCCUUCAAAUCCCACCACUGGGUUUUCCCUGUGAUUAAAGUUCUGAUCAGUCUCUAGAUCAGGAAUCCGAAUGAAGACCCCAAGUCAGUUUAAGGUCAGUCCAUUUAUCCCAAAGUCCUUUGUCUAUUGGUCUCUGGAGAAUCUGGUUUGAGAGCCUCCUAAGAAGGUGGUACUUCUCUGGAGGUGUUUAUAACCACUGUGCUUUUCCUUAAUCAUCCCCGCUAUUGUUUUCAGUUCCUCAAGGAGCUGUGGUAACCCUAGAGACACAAUCCUUGGCCUACAAAGAUACAGAAGCCAUUCAUACAGCAUGAUUUCCCAAAGAUAGUGACUCGGAAGCAUUCCUUUACAGGACACUAGUCAGCCUUACAACUCCAAUUCAAAACCCUGCAGACAGCAGUGAAACUAUCAAGAGCAUGGGUGGUGGGUGGAGCCCCCCUUGGAGAGGCUAGCCCCCAGAGCCACAAGCCCCCCACCUGGAGGAGUCAUGAGCAUGUGCCCCCUUGGCUGGGGGUGCCCUGGGCUGGCUGGAGGCCCAAGUACUCCUCCCUUGACUGGAGGAGCCCCGGGCCAGCUGCAGCUGUGCCAUUCCUCUCCUCCCCAGACCCCAAUCAAAGGUCUCACUGUCAUCGGAAGAAACUUUUCAUAUGCCCCAUGCAGGUUCUAGGGUGGCUGAGGAGGCAGAAUUUGCCACUCAGCUUCCUAGGUUCAUCAGUAACCUCUCUGGAGUCUCAGGAGUGCCAGCACUAGGGGAAGCUGAGCUUCCCCUGGCCUGUUAUACCCACUGGCCAUGGUCAAGAGUCGUACUGACUACAGUACUUGCUACUGCUCUUUGGGGGAAACUACUAGGAACAGCAAAUGCAGGUUUGAAAGUUGCGGGGGGAAGAAAAAUACUUCUCCACUUUUCUUUCUUCACAUCCUCCCUGAACAGAAGGUCCUGGAUGGGUGAGUGUGAGAGUGCUGCUUCCAGCAGUUAGAGGGGAGAUGGAGCUUCCGAUGUCAUUCCUAUCAACCUCUGACUAAUAAGAUGGAGUCCAAAGCACAGAUCAGGGACAGGUCUGCCUUUUCAGUAAUUGGAGGUAGCAAGAGAGACUGAGUUGUGCCAGGGAAGCCUCUGCUUUUUUUUCCCCCCUCCAUGUCUACCUCUGAUUCGUAUAGGAGAACUUUUCAAAGGCACCAAGGGCUGUUAGGCAGGCCUUGUGGCCCCGUAAACUUUCCCUAUGUCAAUACCCUACUGCCGCAAUAUUUACACAUAGGUGAAAUCAUUGUCUUAAAACUACAACAUCAAUGGAAUUCUGGGUCUGCAUUAAAAAAACUUACAACUGGGCCUCCACUGUGGCGUUCAGCGUACAGUCAUGGGCCCUGCCCCAAAGAGCUCACAGUCUCCAUUUGAACAAGAGCCAACAAAUGGAAAAAAGUAGGGGGAGGGAGCAUGAGGAAACAGCUGAACUCUAAGAUUUAUUUUUCUCAUUUAAAAUCCUGACCUCUCACUGCAACAGCACUCUAUAAAGCAGAUUUAAGAACUAACAAUGUUUUUAUCUUGACUGUCUGGAAAAUUACAUAUAAUGAACAGUCUCAUUUGAGAAACAAAAUCCAGUUGUCCCAAGGGCCUCCCAGUGUCUACCUUAACUGUAGUGCUCUUCUGCUUAAAUUGGAAUUUUUUUCAGCAGUUAGCUUUUGGCAUUCAUAGAAGUGCCAUCCUAGCAGCACUAGUUUUCCUUUUAUAGCUGUAGGGGGUGGAGUCUCACUGGUUUGAUGCUUAAAUAUUUGCUAGUAGAAAGUGCAAUAAUGACUGUGUUCCUAAAAUUUACUGCAGCUUAGUACGUGACAAGAAAUAAUACUACAUGCUUGUGGUGGUCAGCCAUUUUCUUUCACAAAAUUACUACUUUGAAUAUUUGGGCUCACUGCACAUGCCUGCCUGGUGAAGGUGAGAUUUUAUGUCACUAGCACGAUGAUGCCUCAGAAAUGAUCCCCAUUAACCACUAAAUUUCAGACACUAGUUCAGAAAAACACUGUUCUUAGCAUAGCAAAUUGCUCUCCAGUUAGGCAAACCUUGUGGUUUAUGCCAUUUUCCAAGGCAUAGACUCUGCAGAAAAACAAAAUGCCUUUGUUGGCACAAUUGGUUGGCUUCCAUCAGAAGAGAGAAACCAGAUUAAUGAAGUAUAGAAACUGAAAUUACAUCUGUCUGGGAGGGUGUUCAUUCAAGGUACAGUAAAGCCAUUAUGCAUGCAACUUUGUGCAUAUCCAAUUCGUGUAACUUUCAAAAUUCUGAACAGGGAAUGUAAAACAGGGAAUGUAAAAAAAAUUGGGUUUUGGGAGGCAUUAUCUUCUGUUUCCAGGUCUCCUGCUUAAUGCACCAAGCCAUAUUGCAUACAACAGCGGGAACUUAAGUGUUUAAAGAUUUGUUCCUUAUGCUUAAUUGGAGGCUCCUGCAGCAUUACAGAUAAGCCCAUAAAGGCUGUUUGACCCUAUGAGUACUAUCUGGGAUGUAGAAUGUGUUUAGUACUCACAAUCUGACUACUAUAGACACUUUCUUAUAGAACUAGGCUCAAAACGGCCAAAAAUCUGGCAGACUGGCAGCAUUGUGUUAAAUGACUACAGUUCUUAGCUCAGACUCUUUUGUAUUGACUCUUUGAGAACUGUACCUGUGAAAUAAUUCAGUGAACAAUCUCGAUCUUGCUGCUCUGUCUCUAAUUACUGGUGUAUCUUCCACAGAGUCAGGAUGCCAAACUGGGGAGGAGGUAACAAGUGCGGUGCCUGUGGACGAACAGUCUACCAUGCUGAAGAGGUUCAGUGUGAUGGGAGGAGCUUCCACAGAUGCUGCUUCCUCUGCAUGGUUUGUCGGAAAAACUUAGACAGCACAACUGUAGCAAUUCAUGACGAUGAGGUUUACUGCAAGUCCUGCUAUGGAAAAAAGUAUGGUCCUAAAGGUUAUGGCUAUGGCCAAGGAGCAGGCACGCUCAACAUGGACAGAGGCGAGAGACUGGGCAUCAAGCAUGACAACACACCAUCUCCUCACCGACCUACAACAAGUCCAAAUACUUCAAAGUUUGCUCAGAAAUUUGGAGGUGCAGAGAAAUGCUCUAGAUGUGGUGAUUCUGUUUAUGCUGCUGAGAAAGUAAUAGGAGCUGGAAAGCCUUGGCAUAAAAACUGUUUCCGAUGUGCCAAGUGUGGGAAGAGUCUAGAAUCCACAACCCUGACUGAGAAAGAAGGUGAAAUUUACUGUAAAGGCUGCUAUGCAAAGAACUUUGGCCCCAAAGGAUUUGGAUAUGGGCAGGGAGCAGGUGCCCUUGUUCAUGCUCAGUGAAAGAGUAAGAUCCAAGACUGAUCAUGGUUCAUAGAGACUCUUCCUCUGCAACAAGGCACAGCUUAAGUGUUACUAGUUACUGUGAAACUGACACUAGUGUAUUAUAAUAUUGCUUAGAUCAAGCUUUUACCAAAUACUAAAGCACUAUAUGUUUCUCUAUUUUUCUUGUGGACCAGAUGUUAAUGAACACUGUGUUAGCACUGUCAUUCCACUUCAAUAAAGCUUUGCAUAUUGUGA